AUGAAAGGGAUAUUUGCAAUAGUAUGUUUGGUAGCUCUCGGGUUUCAGAGGCUGGUUUCCUCUGCACCGGCUAAGAAAGCCACGCCACAACCAACAAAAAGUCCAAUAGACAUCCACUGCAACCUUCAUGACAACAUCCGCAGACUUAUAAAUCAACUUCCAAUGGCUACGGACAAAGCUUUGGUCAGGUUCUGCUCAGACAGGCAACCAACUCCAACUAUUGCCAGGCUCAAUUCAGUCAAACCUAACUAUCCUGCUGGAUGGCUUAAUGGUGAUAUAAUUCAAGCUACCCAAGUAUUAUUGCAGAAUGUAAACCAGUCAAUUGAGGGAUUUCAGCGCCCAACCCUAGGAAGAGUACCCUUGCUACUGAAGAAUAGCUCUUCGGUCAUUUCGUGUUUCUUUUGUAGUCUCCGGGAAUCAAAGAACGAAUACGGACGCCUUCCCAACUCGACCAAGGUGGUCAGUGCCGUGAAUGACAUACAGAUUGAAUUAAAAGACUUGCUCAGUAAAAUCAUAAAAGUUGGCGAGGCUAUCAAACCAGGAAGCAGAUAUACGACGAAAUGUAAGACAUGCCAAAUCAACCUGACCAAAGGGAAGCGCAACCGAAACCAGAUUGCACUUAGCCUGGCCAUCGCUCUAGAAAGACUUCACGCCGCACUGAAUAUCAUGAAGACAAACUUCUUUGCACUCAGAAGAGCUUGUCCACCUGCUCUUGUAGCAAAUGGUCAAAGCGGCUAAGUUAGUCGAUAUACACGAACUAUAGGUCUUUAAGACAUCAUAGUAUCCAAUACGAUAUUGGUAUU